AUGGACCUCCCAACCCCGCGUGAGCUGGAGCUGGAGACCCUACUGCGCCAGCGCGACGCGCAAGUCGCAGAACUCACGGAUGAGGUCACUCAUCUUCGCCAGUUCCUCGCGAAUCAGCCCCCACCGUCGACCACAGAGCCGACAACCAUUCCACCAGCGUUGAUGUCCCUGCUCUUGCCCCAUCUGAACCAGCAUACAUCCUCCGCCACAUCCGGCUCGAGCACAGUCACGACUGCACUCGUGCAGAGGACCAAGAUUCUCCAAGAAGAGAACGACGAGCUUUAUGAAAUCCUAAGGACAGGAGAGACCGGCAGAUUGAAAGAGGACGUGCGCGCCCUCAGGCGAGUCGUCCAAAAGCUGGAGGGGGCGCUCAGAGAGUCCCAUCAGGUCAUAGCCGGUCUCACCGCCGAACUGGAGAAGUCGCAAGACGCGCUUCUUCAAGCCCACGGGCGCCAACCCCACCGACCUCCGCACCAGCCCUCCCCGGCACCGCGGAACCACCAACCUCCACCUCAUCUCUCUAUUGGUGCUAUUGGUGCGAACGGGUCUGGCAAGCUACCACCCACAGGGCCACGCGCUCACAAAAAACCCCGUCUUUCCGAGCCCCAAAUAUCUCCCACCACAUCAAAUUCCCCUUUACCGAUUCCUCAGAAGCCCCACCUUUCCGCAGCGAACGCAACCCCGCGAGGGGUCUCGCGCGAUAGUCGCACCUCAGUGGACAGGAAACCCGUUGACGGGAUUAAGAUGGAGGUUGAUGACGAUGCAUCUUCGCGCCUUCGAUCCCCUGUGCGGGAGCGCGACCGUCCGCCUCAUCACGAUAGGGAGCGCGACAAGCGCGAUCGUGACAAGGACCGGCCCAGUGACCGUGCUCGGAAUCGUGAUCGCGAACGCGAACGAGAGCGCGACCGUGACCGCGAUCAGGAUAGGUCUUCGCGCCGUAAUGGGAACGGUGGUGGCGGUGGCGGCAACAACGGUGGCUCGGGAGGGGGCGGAGGCGGUGGUGGAGGCGGCCGCAGAGGAGGCCGACGGACAAAUGGCAACAAUAACAACAACAGUAGCAGCACCAACAACGACCACGGGAAUGGCACGGACCGGACGUUGGCGGAGCGUAUGGGACUGUAA